ACUGACACCCAGAAAAAAAAUAAUUGAGAACCGAUCAAAACACAAACACCAGUUCACCAUCACCCAAUUGUCCGCAAUUAUAUUUGCUUUCUAUUCGGUUUACGAUGGACCGUGGAGCUCGUAGAUUGUUUGAUUGAUUGAAUCAGGACCGUGCAUUCGUACCAAUCUGAUAGGGCUAUUGAUCUUGACCGUACGCAUGGAGGUCCGACCCAAUCCGACGGUCGACAACUCGUCGAUCCCACAGCAGCAUCGCCAGCGUCAUGCACCCGCAGCAGCUCCGCUGGAACAAGCCGCCACUUUGCCAGUCCCCGUCGACACCACCUCCGUCUCUAAGAGGCUUCAAAAGGAAUUGAUGUCUCUCAUGAUGAGUGGAGGAGAUCUUGGAGUAUCAGCAUUUCCUGCGGCCGAGAGCAUUUUUACAUGGAUUGGCACAAUUGAGGGUGGCAAAGGGACUAUGUAUGAGGGCUUAUCUUACAAGCUCUCCUUGCGUUUUCCCCUCAACUACCCUUUCAAACCACCCCAAGUCAAGUUUGAGACAAUGUGCUUCCAUCCAAACAUUGAUAAGUUUGGCAACAUUUGUCUUGACAUACUUCAGGACAAAUGGUCUUCAGCUUAUGAAUGCAGAACCAUUCUUUUGUCCAUUCAGAGUCUAUUGGGAGAGCCUAACCCAGACAGUCCUCUCAACAGCUAUGCUGCAGCAUUGUGGAACAAUAAGGAAGAUUAUCAAAAAAUGGUGCACAAACAAUAUUUUGCUGGAGAAGCAUUUGAAAGCUGAUUGGUAGAAUUGUUGCAUCACUGACGACAAAUUUGGGUGUUAUUGCCAUGCGUUAUCUGUCAAGCAGAGGAUAAGAACAGAUUAUGGUUAAAGUUCAAAGUAUAGUUUUUUUUUUUGCCUCAUGGAGAUUGGCAUGUUUAUAUUGUAAUUUGCAUCAUUUUGUCAAUCCCAUGCUUGAGAAAUUCAAGUCGAUUGAGACGCUCUCUCUAAUUGAAGGAGUCCAUUUUUUUUUUUUUUUUGCAUUCUGUAGCUGCAACAUAUGUCCAUUUGUUGUACAUUCGUUUAGAUCAAUUGAAAGUUACCUCUUUUCUUGUCAUUGAAAACAAUAUGAUGUAUUUUGAUUGAUGCUUUUUGAUGCGCCUAUCUUUAUCAGAUAUGGUUGAUUCUCAUAGGCCAGCGAUUGUCCAUUUCAUUUAGUGGGAUUGCUUUUUUACCCCAACUUUACUCAUUGCUAUGAAAGAAUUAAGUAUCCACCACAUAGUUUGGUUGAAGUUGAUGGGAGAAAACGAUAAAAGUAGACUAAGAUUAAAACAAGCUUUUCAAACAUUCUAUGUAUACGCAUACCAUGAGAGAUCUCUCUCCAACUCCCCCGAUCACUUCCAUGGUUCCCUUUAUAUAUAUUUACAAUAAUAAGAUUUAUAAAAAAAAUAAAAAUAAAAAUAAAAAUAAAAAAAAAAAUCA